CUAAAACUUCAAAACGGAUCAGUUGCUGACUUUCACAACGAACAGCUGUGCUCUUAAACUCUAAUCCUUUAAUCUGCGAUUUACGCCGAGUCGUUCACUCUCCGCACAUUAGCAAAGAUGAAGCCUGUCGCCUUCUUCGUUUCUGCUCUCGCCACCCUGGCCGCCGCUGCCCCCACGGCGCCCUUCGCUGAACUCGAUGGGCGCGGUGUUUCCUUCGAUCUCAGCGCCUUCAACAACCUCCAAGGCUUCCAGCAGAUCAACCUGAACUACCUGCUCAGCAUCAACUCCCUGCAGCUCCAGCUCCUUGGCGACCUGGCCAGCAUCAACAACUUCAACAUCCAGCAGUUCCAAUCCCUGUUCUCCCAGACCGUCUUUGACGUCCAGGCCCUGCUUCAGCUUCAGGCUCUGCAGACCUUCCUGCAGAUCAACCAGCUCGGUGUCCUCAGCGGCUUUGAUCUGUCGUCGCUCCAGCUGCAGCAGCUCAAUCUCGGUCUCAUCAACAAUGUUGGCUUGGUCGACCUCCAGCAGUUCAUCUCCCCCGACGUCGUCACCCAGGUCCAGACGAUAGCCGCUCAGGGUGAGUGAAAUUGUCUCGCUCGGCUUCCCAGCGCCUCUCU